AUGUGGUGGAUGAUGGGUGAAGGAGGAGGCCAUUACUGCUCUAAGAAGACCGAUGAUAUUUGCGGCAAUGUUUGUGGCCAGGAAUCAGGCAGAAUGUUGAGUAUGUCAAGAGUUCGCUGCAUUCUACGUGGAUUUGACUUGAAAGUUCUCAUCAUUCUUUUUACACUUAUUCCGACAUGCAUCUUUGGCAUUUAUGUGCACGGACAGAAGAUCUCAUACUUCUUACGGCCACUAUGGGAAUCGCCACCCAAACCUUUCCAUGAUAUCCCACACUAUUACCAUGAGAAUGUGUCCAUGGAGAACCUCUGCAGACUUCAUGGUUGGGGCAUCCGUGAGUACCCUAGGCGUGUUUUUGAUGCUGUGUUGUUCAGUAAUGAGAUGGACAUCCUUACCAUAAGGUGGAAAGAAUUGUAUCCCUAUGUAACGCAGUUUGUUCUCCUCGAGUCAAACUCAACAUUUACUGGAUUGCAAAAGCCUCUGUUCUUUUCCCGUUAUCGUGAUCAGUUCAAAUUUGUGGAGCCUCGGUUAACUUACGGCACUACUGGAGGAAGAUUCAAGAGAGGGGAAAACCCAUUUGUUGAGGAGGCAUAUCAGCGAGUAACACUUGACAAUCUUCUCAAAAUAGCUGGUAUUACUGACGACGACUUGUUGAUAAUGUCUGAUGUUGAUGAGAUCCCAAGCAGACACACUAUCAAUCUCCUGAGGUGGUGUGAUGAGGUUCCUGAAAUCCUACAUCUUCGGCUGAAGAACUAUCUUUAUUCCUUUGAGUUUCUUGUGGACAAUAACAGUUGGAGAGCCUCAGUCCACAGGUACCGGGUAGGGAAGACGACGUAUGCACACUAUCGGCAGACAGAUGACAUCUUGGCUGAUGCAGGGUGGCAUUGUAGCUUUUGUUUUCGGUAUAUCAGUGAGUUCAUAUUUAAGAUGAAAGCAUACAGCCAUUAUGACAGAGUCAGGUUUUCUAACUAUCUAAACCCAAAAAGAGUUCAGAAAGUAAUCUGCAAGGGGUCUGAUUUAUUUGAUAUGCUUCCUGAAGAGUACACCUUCAAGGAAAUCAUCGGGAAAAUGGGACCUGUUCCUCAUUCCUUCUCAGCUGUUCAUCUUCCAUCCCAUCUGUUCGAGGAUGCGGAGAGGUAUAAAUUUCUCUUGCCUGGUAAUUGCCAAAGAGAGAGUGGCUGA